AUGUCCAAUAGGAUAGCCAAUGCGCAAGCUGUCACCAACGGUCUCGACUAUGACUCAAAACCUGCUAAAAAUGCAGUCACGUUCCAUGAGUCAAUUCCUACCCAUCCUCUGGGCGUGAAACCGCUGGGCAACCAGUAUCUCUCGGAUCGUCCGAACGCUCGGAUGCACAUCGGAUAUUUCAAGACUAUGCCCGACGAGGCCUUGAUGAUGCUCUUGGACUAUCUCGAUCAGGAACUUCUGAGAAACCUGGGCUCAAGCUGCAAGUUUUUCUAUGCAUUCUGCCGGUCCGACGAUUUGUGGAAGUCGUUGUUUCUACAGUCCCACAGUUCAGGCAGGUUCAAUGGCACGUGGCAGGGAACAUGGAGGGCCACCCACCUCCGGCUGUCUCCUGAGCAGCAGUCAAAGAUCGACUGUAGCAACGUCUUCUCCGACGUCCUGCAUAGGCCAUUCGUCUGCAGCCAUGUUGACUUGAGGCAGUUUACCUCGAGAAUCUCGAAGAGCAACCUCAUCCAGCGCAUGGAAACUCUUACGUACGAUGAAUUCGCUGAGAAAUGGUCAGAGACGCCCUUCAUCUUGACCAACUAUAUCCAGACGUGGCCAGUCUGUCAUGAAUGGAACAUUGACGCCAUUUCAAAGCUCUAUGGCAACGUCGAGUUUCGUGCAGAGGCCGUGGACUGGCCCUUUUCAACCUAUCGCGACUACAUGGACAAUAACGAUGAUGAGAGUCCUCUGUAUCUUUUCGAUAAGAAGUUCGCGGAAAAGAUGGGGAUCAACGCCGGGCGCGAGGAAGGGGCGGCGUACUGGAAGCCAGAUUGCUUCGGACCCGACCUAUUCGAACUUCUGGGCAGAGAACGGCCAGCACAUCGUUGGCUCAUCGUUGGCCCAGAGAGGAGCGGAUCGACAUUCCACAAGGAUCCAAACGGCACGAGUGCAUGGAACGCCGUGAUUCAGGGUAAAAAGUACUGGAUCAUGUUCCCGCCUACGGCAUCGGUACCCGGAGUCUAUGUUUCUAAGGACAGUAGUGAGGUGACCAGUCCCCUAAGCAUCGCAGAGUGGCUUCUCGAGUUCCAUGCGGAAGCCCGUCAGUUGCCCGAGUGCAUCGAGGGCAUCUGUAACGAGGGGGAGAUUCUGCAUGUGCCCAGCGGAUGGUGGCAUCUGGUUGUCAACAUCGAGAGCGGUAUCGCUCUGACGCAGAACUUUGUCCCAAAGAACCAGCUCUCCGAGGUUCUGUCCUUCCUCAGAGACAAACCAGACCAGGUCACGGGUUUCAAGCAAGAGGUAAAGGAUCCAUACAGACUGUUCGUUGAGCGGCUGCGGCAGGAUCAGCCGGAUCUCCUGGAAGAAGCGCUUCAAACUAUAGAGAGAAAAAGCGCCCAAAAGAAGAGAAAGUGGGAGGAGGCAGUGGGUGGAGGUAGCAGCGAGGCCAACGGGGGAGGCUUCAGUUUUGGGUUUGAGGGUGAUCUAGAGGAUGACGAGGUACCCUAG